CUGUGAAGACAGGAAAUCCAGAAAUAUGAUUUUGACAGCAGCUGAAAGAUCAUGCCUUGCUUCUACCUACGAAAAGAUUGCUUCUCAUGCAGAGCAAUAUGGGUCUGAACUCUUCCAGAGAAUGUUUUUAGGUUUUCCACAGACACGGACUUACUUUGCCCAUGUAGACACCAGUGCUAACUCUCCUCAGCUCAGUGCUCAUGGUGCUAAAAUCAUUGCUUCUCUUGGCAAAGCUAUCAAGAAUGUCGAUAACAUGUCAGCUGCUCUGUCAGACCUCAGCGACCUGCAUGCCCAGAGCAUCAGGGUUGAUCCUAGCAACUUUAAGUACAUCUCCCAUUGUCUCCUGGUUCUCCUGGCUGCUCACCUCCAAGCUGACUUCACCUCCCAAGUACAGAUCUCAUGGGACAAGCUUUUGGCAGCUGUUGCCACUGUGCUGACCGAGAAGUACAGAUAAAUCAAGCAUCAAAUGAAGAAAGAGUAAAAAGCCAUUGGACAAAACUUCCUUAUAUAAAAUUAUGUGCACACAGUUUUUAACAUUCCAUUUUAAAUGAAACUGAGAAAGUAUUAGUUUGACUGCUUAUAAGGAACAGCAUCUUAAAUUGUACAUGAAUCUGCUUUGAAAUCAUUUUUAAUAAAGAAGAUAAUCACA